CCAGUGCGGGAUCGGCUUCGAAAUGGGAAGAAUUUGUCACGUCAUAUGCUUGGUGUUUGUGGCGGUGUGGGCGGGGCCAGUUACGGGCCAAGGGGACUUACUGGCUCUCGAGAGCUCAGUGGGCGGAGCUAUGUCCGUAGUCCCGCCUCCCGAAGAAGUGGACACCAAUAUGUUGAUGCCCGAACACCGAGGGGAACGGAUGCCAGGAGCGAACAUUCGGAGGCAGUUUGAUGUUCAGCAACCGGCUCGACAACCUUCCUCGCCUGCAAGAAGCCCGUUGACUGGCAUUGCCCAGCAAGCCGGUGAAUACAUGCGGCGAAUCAGCGACUACUUUUACUGGUUCCUCUCUGGCAGCCCACCAAUCACGCGCAAGAAGACAAGCGUCCGAUAUCAGCAGCGACCAGUCAGGAGGCAGCAACAGCAUGGGAAAGCACCAAUCAGACGCCAGUACAACCAGAGGAGACAGCCAAUGAGAAGGAAGCAACAGCCUCCAUCCAAUAACCAGCCUGUUUACAUUCGAGGUCGGAAAGUCGCGGCUGAGGAGCAAAACAGCAUGGAGGCGCACUACCAGUAGGAGGGGGAAGGAGGAGGAGGAGAAGGAGGCGAAGACGAAGAAGCAGAAGACGAAGAAGGAGAAACAAAGAAUGCUACGAAUAUCGGUUGAACGAGGAAGGAAAUAGAAAUGGGCAUAUAAACGAUAAUGUUGAAAAAGAAUAUGGAUAAACAGGAGAAAUGGGAAAGUGUGAUGAAUGAGGAAUAAGGAAAAUGGGGGAUGAUUGAAAAUAUUUUCACUUUUUGAUAAUAAAAAUUUCGUGUUAUUUAUUAUAAUGUUGUUUAUUUUUUUUAGAAGAUAGAUGAUCGUACAUGAAAAAGACUCAACAGAAAGAGGAAGAGAGCGAGAGAGAUAAAAAGUGAAUGACAGAUGAUAACCAUGAGCCUUUCACAAUGUCCUUCAUAUCAUUCAGUAAAUGCAUAUCAUUAAUACAACAGCCAACAGGUUGCAAUUAAUGUGGUACGGAUUCAGACGCAGUUCAUUCACAUAGUUCUUUAUUUUCUCUCUUCUCUUCCCUUUGGGACCGCCUUUCCUUUUCCUUUGUGUUCAUUACAUUCUCCCGAUAUUGUUCAUUUGUCAACAUAUAGCUGCUGAAUAUGAUAGUUGGAAUAUGAUUGUUUUUAAUUAUUUUGUUGCGACUGUUAUUUUGAUUAUUUUAGUUGCUACCAUUACUGAAACAUUUACCAAACACACACGAAAGUGCAUAUUCAUAUAUAAAAACAUUAUGCACACACACA